AUGCACCCUUGCCGAGAGGAUCCCACACCAAAGUUCUGGAGCAGAGAGGAUUUUUUUAUGACAGGUGCAGCUCCGGCCGGGUCUCCGCUCAAGACCAUCUCUCGACACUCGAAGCCGGAACUAACACAAGUCAGCCAAACACCACUCAAAAUGCUUUCCAAGAAGAUCCUUGCCAUUGGCGUAUUCCUCGCCUCCAUGGCCUCUGCCACUCCUGUUCCGGUUCCCGCUGAGGACGGUCUCAUCAUCAUCGAGCAGACCGAGAUCGAAGACGGGACCAUCACCUGGUACGGCGAGGGAUCUACCCCCAUCACCGCCCGCUCCCCCGUGUCACCCGAGCUCCACAAACGCUGCGGCUCCAACACCGUGACCUGCUCCGGCUCCCACAAAGCCUACCAGCCCGUGUGCAUCAACUUGAUCAACAGUCUUUCGAGCCAGUCCAUCCCGCAGUCUCCUCGCUCGGUCUGCUUGAGCCAGGGGGGCAACCAGUGCUGCAUCAGCUGGGCGAACGUCGUCCAGGAUGCGCAGUUCUGGUAUCUGCAGUCCGCGGCCUGGAAAGCGCUGAAUGGCUGUGUUAGCAACAACCAUGUCAGUGGAUUGACCAGAGAUACAUUGAUUGGAAAUACUUGCACUACUCAGUGCCUGUCUGAUCGCGCCAGCGGUUGCUCCUAG